AUGGGUCGAACAUCUUCCUCUGCGGCGGUCUCAAACCGUCCCUCUUCCUCGGCCGCACCAGCGUCGUCAUUGACCGCCUCGACUCAAAAUUCCUCUGUCUUGAAGUCGGCUUUUGCGCCCUCUCAUUUCCAAUUGCACUUGUUCGCCUCUGUCGUUCAAAGCUUUGACUCAAAUCAACUACGCAUCCAUGACACAACCACAGGUCGCCUGAGGUGCCAGCAUGAAUCAAGGCCUGGCACCAGGAUCACCUGCCUUGACUGGGGCCAUUAUGGUCUUGCCAACCACGAACAGAGACAGACUCCUUCAAAGAAAAAGCGCAAGCGCGAUCAAGAUCCAAUUCAGGGUGCAGUGGUGGCAUAUGGUACCACCUCUUCAGAAAUAUGUCUGUUCUCACCCGCAGAGGGCAAGGUGGUCACCACCUUAAAAGGUGUUCACGAAAGAGGAGUUCGAGAUUUCAAGUUCAGUCCUGCAGAAAAGGCGGAAGCGUGGAGUAUUGGUGAAGAUGGAAAAUUGGUCUUGUGGAAUCUUGCCAACUGCCAACCAACCAGGACAAUAUCCAUUCCAGAUCCUGCUGUGUCAAUACUUGCCAGACCUUCUAUCAGCCCCCCUCAAAUCCUGUGUGCCUCGUCUACUCCUUUCGCCAUCACCCUCGAGUCCCCCGAUGAUUUCCAUCUCGACAAAUACGACUCGUUCAAAAAUCCCAUACAUUCUCUACUCCUGCCAAAGAACGAACCAUCAGCAGCUAUCCAAUACUUCCUAGCUGCAGACUCGGAUCGAUAUAUGAAUGUGUACAAUAUUCCUGAAAAGAAAUUGUCCCGAACACUGGUCGCUGGGAGUGGAAUACUUUCCGUUGAUGUAUCUUAUGUCUCAAAGGAUACCUCCCCUACGUGGACCAAACAGAUCCUAUCAGCAGUCACCAAAGAUGGCACCGUCGAGUUAUUCGUUGAACCGUUUGAUUUGAUCAAGCAGCUCAAUGGUGACUUGAAAUCCAGCAGGAAGAACCUCACCAAAAAAGCAACCGCCCACGUGCGACUGGUCAACUCCCUCAAAGGGAAGCAAGUAUCCAUAUUCGCAGCAUCUUUACAAGGACCAGACCUGGUCAUCGUUUCCUCAGAAGGUGGAGUCGAUCUUAGCUUUCAAAAGAUCAGAUGGGAGGAUGAAGGCAACGGGGAACUUUUAUUCCAUGGUGUUAAGGAGGUGGUCAAGAUCAACAGUGCUUCAACACUUAAUUCUGCAACUCUAAAUGGAGUCAAAGAUAUGGGCAAGUCAAGUGUUGACGAAUCGAGAACUGUAGUGGUCAACGGAGCUGCUGGUGGACCUUAUUCUGAUGCCAUAGAAAUACUCAGCAGUGAUGAUGACGAAGACGAUUCUGCCGAUGAAGCCAAUGAGGAAGACGAGACAUCUGUGAAGGACGAAGGCGAAUCUAAUGUCGACUCGGACGAAGGUAUGGCAGACGCCGACCACGGCAACGCGGUCGAGGAUCAAGACAUGGACGACGGUACAGCAUCGGAACACGAGUCAACAGCUGGCGAACCAUCUUUUGGCGAGAUACUUGCUUCAAGACAUCCCAACGAAAUCUCCAUUGCCGACAAUCUCGCACCAGCAGAUACACGGGGUUCGCUUGGUGGACGAGAGGGUCUACCAUCCAUCCCCUCUGGAAUGUCUCUCGGCACGGUUUUGACCCAAUCUCUCCGGACCAAUGAUCAGAACCUUCUCGAAGCCUGUCUUCACACCUUGGACAUCCACAUUGUCAAGAAUACCAUACAACGGCUCGAUAGUUCUCUUGCCGGAAUUCUUCUGUCCAAACUUGCUGAACGGCUUGCCACUCGUCCCGGGAGAUACGGACACCUCAUUACCUGGGUACAGUGGACAUGUAUUGCCCAUGGUGGGGCCAUCGCCGCCCAGCCUGACGUGGCUGCAAAAGUAAGGACGCUAUAUCGAGUCUUGACACAACGGUCCAAAACCCUUGACAAUCUUCUUCUGUUGAAAGGAAAGCUUGACAUGCUUGAUGCGCAAUUGACUUUCCGCAAACAGCUCGCUGCUCAACGCCCGCCCAGACGUGAUGAUCAGGAUGAACCAGGCAUGAUCUACAUCGAGGGUGAGGACAAUUGGGAGAGCUCUGAUGAAGAUCUUGACGAAGACAUCUCACGUCCAGUCAAGAAGCUCGCCAGGGGUCGUGGUCAAGCAAAGACCACCAAACGCGCACUCGAAGACCUCAUCGGGGAUGACGAAUCUAGCGACGAUGACGAACUUCUCGCCCUGGAGAACGGUGGUGUAGACUCCGACGAUGACGAAGAAGAAGAUUCAGACGACGACAAUGAAGGAGGCAUAGUCCUUAAUGGACGAAAGCACCUUCUUGUCGAUGAUGAGGCCGAAGAAUCAGACCCCGACGAUGAAGGCAACGAGGGUUUCGGUGCCGCCGAGUCAUCCUCCGACUCCGACUCCUCUAACGACGACGACGAGGAAAUCGAAGAGGACGAUGAUGAGGAAGACUCGGAAAUGGAUGACUUCAUCAACGAUGACGCCAUUUCCUUUGCAGAAGACGAAGACGACAUCCAUAUUCCAGGCGAUGAAGACGAAGAUGUGGAAGACGCAGCUCCAUCUCCAUCUCCAGAACCCGUGGCGAAACCAGCCAAGUCAAAGAAAUCAUCAACUUCGAAGUCAAAGAAGGAUAGCAUGAAGACCAAAUCUUCCAAGAAGGCCACUAGUUAG